CCACAUCCUACAUAAAUCCCAUCGGAUGCAAUAUGGCUGCCAACAUGAGUGUUAUGCAGCGGUUACAGAGAGCGUGGAAACAAUUAGAUUCAUUAUUUCUUAGAUGGACAGGUUUACAAAACCAAUUUUUGCCAUCUAUGGUUGGGUGUCCUGUUAUUCCUGAGAAUACCAACAAUAUGCCAUCAGACGGUUCAUCUUUCUUGAGGGAAUUACUCAAUGGAAAUGGAAUAAUGUGGAUUUCACAUCAAACCCAGAGGUCUCGUAGGUCAAAGGAAAAGAGACAAACUCGUCGCUUUGGAUACACAUACGUACUAAAGCGCCAAACGACUCAGAAAGAUAUUGUGUCAUGUUUACGUUGCGGAAGCUUUCACAAAUUUAACACAAUAUGUGGUGCUUGUUAUGACAAAGUGCGACAGGAGACCCAAGAAAUGAUGAAAAAGAUGGGUGACAAUCUCAAGUAUGACUCCCCACACUCAGAAGUGGCAGUGAUAUACGAAGAUGAAGAAAACGAGCGAGAAAAAUUGGAGGAUAAAUUUAUUGUUCAGAUGGAUAAACCUAGGCCACUCUGGUUCUCAGACAUUAUCAAUGCUAAAAAUAAAAAGAACCAGUCAGAAUCCUGACAGAGUAUUGUUCAGCAGUGGAAAGACUGAGUGUGAAAGUGAAGAAAAAGUACUGAUACAUAGUUAUGAUGCUUUAAAUGUGGAAGUAAUAUUGAAACGUCAUCACCUAAUCCAAUCUGAAUCCUGCGUUGAUUGGGUUGAUAACAUGCUGGAGAGACCUAUUUUCACUCAUCAUUGAUGAUAUCAGAACAGUGGUACAUGUAUAUAGUACCAAGUUUAUUUGACAUUUUUGAAAGCAUAUAUAAGGCACAUUCUGGAGGUACCUGUAACUAUUUAGUGUAGUAAGGUUUGCCACUGGAGUGUAGUGCACAUGUUCCGAACAUGAUUUUAAAAGACAUUUUGCUUAGCUUUGUAUUGGAUGGCUCAGUGUUAUUCUCUAUGAAAAAGUUUUCAUCCAGUGUGUACUGAAAUUUCAAGGAGAGGCAAAAUGCAAUCUUUCAAUAAACCAGUAACAAAACAUUAUCAGAAUAAAUUCUAACAUAUUUGUUUGAAA